AUAAUUAAUUAUCAUUAUUGGGUAAUUGUUAACCUAUCAAGUGGUAAUUUUUGUUUUUACAGUAUAAAAGGCAAAAUAUUAUUUCAGCCUUGCUUAAUUUAUGUCCUGCAAAAUGAUAUUUUGCCUUUUGGUAUGAAUUUGGGUUUUAUUAUAAGACUGAUGAGUGAUGAUUACGUAGUUGUCAGUCACUAUUUAAGACAUGAAUAAAUAAUCUAUAACAUUUACUGUUAAUUUAUACUUCCUCUGAUACUAAACAAGUGAGUAAAUUGCGAUUUUGUUAGAUUCGUCGUGAAUCGUGAUGUAUAUUUCAAAAUAUCAACUUCUUAUAAAUUUUUACAUUUAAACAAUUAAAUAGUUACCUGAAAAAGUGAUUGUGAAAAAUUACAUAUAAGGCCACUGUUUGACAAUUUAACUAUUGGCUAUAGUACUUGGCUGAUUUAACCUUUAGGAAAAAUUCUUGAGGUAUCUAUGAAAUUUCACGUAAUUCUCAAAUUAUCCCUCAUAUUUGGAGAAUACUUUAGAUAAUUUGAUUUUAUACUCAAAAUACUUUUACUAUUGAUGGAGCUCUAACGCAGAGGUUCUUUCUCUCUUUGCUCUCUAUCCUCAUCUUCUUCAUCCCUCCUCUCACCAUUCUUCAUUGAUAACAUCCUAAACUUCCACUUCUUUCUCUCUCCUUCCACCUACAUACCUUUCUCUCUACUCCCCAUCUUCAUCUUGUGAAGUUCUAAUGAUGAUGGUGAAAUUAAUUCUCUCUUUGUGAAAUUCCCUAAUAUUAAUGAUGGUUGUUGUUGACUUGUGUUCUUCUUCUUGUUUAAUCUGUCAUGGGAUUUUCUAGUUUUUAGAAACGGGUUUUACACUCCAUUUUCAUGGAUUUAGGGUAGAAACUUGGCUUGGGUUUUAUUUUCUUCUUCUCGGUGUUGGAGGGAUGGGUUUGUGGGUUUUGCUUGAAUAAUAUUCCAAGAUCAAGGAGCAAUGAAUUGAAGGGGUUGUGAAGCUAGGAGAGAGAGGGAGAAGAUGGAUAUGAGGAUUUUAAGAAGGGUUGAAAAAGGAUUAGUGAGACAUCGAAAUUGCUAUGACUGAUUGUCAAAUGAACAUGAAGAAAGAUGAAGAUGAUGAUGAUGAUGAGAGAGAAAAGCACGUAGGUGUAAGGAGAGAGGAAAAAUUGAAGGUUUAGGAUGUCAAGGGAGGAUGGCGGGAGGAAAGAUGAAAAAUAUGAAGAUAGAGAGAAGAGAGAAGAAAAAACCUAAUGACGAUAGGGUUCCAUCAAUAAUAAGGGUAUUUUGAGCACAAAGUCAAAGUUCAAGCAUAUAUGAAGAAUUCCCAAAUGUGAGGAGAAAUUUGAGAAUUAUGUCAAACAUCAUAUAUACCUAAACAUUUAACAAGCCAUUUUAUUGGCCAUUUGAUUGUUGGGUGUUAAUACUUUAUAGACAUAUUUAGUAUAUUAGCUUGUUUCUUUUUUUUUUUUUUUAAAAAAAAGGGGUAAAAUCAAUACAAUAAUUGUUAGAGUUGUUUGUAUAGUGCAAAAUGAAAGCAAAAGUCGAAAGGCAAUACAAAAAGCUACUAGUAAAUCCAUCCUUUAGCUUUUGACUUUUUGUUGAAGGCUAAAUUGUGGUUAAAGCAUAGUCAAACUCAGUGGGCUCAGGGUGAAAAAGAGAUACCGCACAUAUUACUUCCUUUUUCUUGUACAGAAAGCUGGAGAACCUAAUUUAAAAAAAUUUAGAGUACUGUAACAAUGGAAACUGGAAAGUAGUUGUUACUCUCUAAAAUUAUACUUAAUGCAUAAAGUGAUUCACUAUGUUUAAUAAUUUAAUGAAUUUCGUACAUUCUUAGUGAGCACUUGCGCUUUGAAGUCUAUUAGCACUACAGGCGAGAACAUGAUGAUAAUGAUAUUAAGUCUGUAUAAUAAAAUGUUUAACAUAUGAUAACCUCACACAUUGUCAAGGAAAGUGGUUGUAAUUAAGCUGUAGCUAGAAGCCUAAAACAUUAAUUAAUGCAAAGUUUUAUAAGAUGCUUAAGUUUUAGCUGGGAACUUGGAAUAUUUUAUUAUGUGCAUCUGUCAAUCUUUGUCUUAGUCUUUAAAAAACCAUUCAUGCUUGAUCUAUCACGAAAAUGUUGGUGUUUAAUAGUCCAUUAAAUUAGACUCCAACCAAUAUCACUGAGUAAUCUAAUAUUAGAGCACUUGUUUAUUUUCCCAUACUUAGAUUAUACGUUUUAUAUGUUCAUAGAGCAUCAUUUGGAUAUUAAAGCUCCAUUAAAUCUGAUAAGGUAGAGAAAAGAUUUUUGAUGGCAACUAUUCCAUUGGAGAUAAUAACUAAUGGUAUUCUCCCACGAUUGCCUGCAAAAUCUCUUAUGCGCUUCAAGUGUGUUUCGAAACCAUGGUUAGCACUGAUUUCAAGCCAUGAGUUCAUCCACCUUCAUCUGCACUAUUCCCUCUCCUCCAUCACCAAUCACCUUCUCAUCCUCACUGAAAAUGAUUGUAGCCUCUUUUCAUCUAAUUUGGAGUUGCCAGAAUGCCCUGCUAUCAAGCUGCCGAACUUUGGGAUCAAACCGUCUGUUGUUGGAUCUUGCAAUGGGUUGCUUUGCAUCCAAAGUCAUAGGCCUUACAGUCUUUUCCUUCUUAAUCCAUCAACUGGCAGCUACCGCGAACUCUCUACUUUGCUUCCGCCUAGAAGAUAUGCUGCUCUCAACUUUGGGUUUGGGUAUGAUUCUGAAAAUGAUGAUUACAAGGUUGUUAGAAUCGUUGACCGUCUUGCUUCUCGAGGAUUUCUUGGUCAUCAAGUCGAUAGGAUAGUUCAAGUUUAUAGCUCGAGAGCAAAUUCCUGGGAAAUGAUCGAGUGGAGUCCACCUCGGGAUGCAAUGGGAGAUCGUGAGAAUGGUGCUCUUCUAAACAACAACCUGCUUCAUUGGAAGUUUUGGCGUCCACAAGAAGGCUAUCACAUUCGUUGUUUCAAUCUUUGUGAAAAACGUUGGACUUCUGAUCUCCCAUUCCCGGACUACAUUAAAGGGAUACGAGAUGGAAUCCUAGAUUUCGGAGUUUUUGAUGGAAGUCUUUACUUUUCAAGUAAGAAUCAGCAGGAACCUGCUGUUGAUAUAUGGAUCAUGAAGGAGUAUGGUGUUACAGAGUCUUGGGUUAAGCUGUUUCAAAUUUCGGAUUCAAGGGUCGUUAGAUCAUCACGAGUCUCACCUAUAGCAUACUGUCGUCUCAAGAAUAAGGUUUUGCUUAGGACGACAAACAAGAGUGAACAUAGCAUUUUGUGGUACGAUAUCAAGGGCGAAGCAGCAGAGUGUGCUAAAAUCAAUGGAGUAGCAGAUUGUCUUUGGAUUGAUGUAUGUAAAGGCAGCCUUGUUGACAUUCCCAGUGGUUCCCAAAUCAGAAAUACAAAACAAAACGAUGAGAAAGAAGCUUAAUUUUCAUAUAGUUAUGUAUAUGAUGUUCUUGAAUCGCGACAAAUGCAAUCACUGACCCGCUGUUCACUUCUUUGCACCAGCCAUCUAGUAGCAUGAGCAAGCUUAUUGAGGUGUGAAUUAGAUGUUGAUGGAUCCCUUGUUUGCAAAGUGAUCAGAGAUGUCUCAUAUUGGAGAAUAGGAGAGUGAAUAACCACUUUGUAAACCUAAUGAGCUACUUUGUUUUAGUUUGUAAGUGGCGUGAACUCUAACAAUGCUAAUUGUAUAAUUGUUAUUCUCUUCAGUGUAAAUGUAGUUCUCCUUGCUUUUUUUCUUCCCUUGUAUUUGGUUUGUGUUGUAAAUGGAACCUUGCCAAUAGCAAAUGUGCUUUGAUUGCUGGUGGCAACAGUUAGCCAAGGAAAUGUAUUUUCCAGUAAAGAAAGUUCUUAGUUAGUUUGGAAAUA